GAACCUUUAUUUUUUCUGCUAAAAUUGGACAGAUUGGCUUAUGAGAUCAUUUAUGCACUAUUGUGUAGACUAAAUUACUAAAUGAAGAGAACCAGGACAAUAAUAUCAUUUUUUCUCCUGAUUCUACAAUUGUUAGGUAUCUCUUUUCAAUUUUUAAAAAUUUUAUUGAGUUUGAUAUACAAUUAAACUUGUAACUGGAGAUGUAGUCUAACUCAUGCAAUUUAAGCACUUUUCGGCUAUUGAUAUUAUGAGUAUUACUAUGUGGGUUAGUUUUAGUGCUUUAAACACUUGGAUAAGUGGCCCUAGGUGUGAAAACCUGCCAGCUCCGCCAACUUGUACAGCCCGAUUACACAAGAUGAAUGAUUACUUCUCGGCCAAGGAGUUAGCCUCUGGAUGAGAAUUUUUUUGCGUGUACUCAUGGUAGAAUUGAAGCUGGGAUUAGCGGCGUCGGCUCAACAGCAGGCAGACCAGACCAGGGGAGGGCAAGAAAACAAGAAAGCAAGAACCCUAGCCUUGCUUCCCAAUACGGCUGCCCACGACAGAAUUACCGAAAUGCCGCUCACCAUUUAACCAUCUCAUCUCCUCACCUCCCCUACGGCGACUCCCCUCGAGCUCGCCCUCCUCCCCCGCCUCGCUGCCGUCGCCUGCUCCUCUCAGGCCGGCGAUCCCGAUUCCGUUGCGCCCCUUGGUUCCCUUGCCCAGCAGCCCGUGCAGCCCUGGGUCUGCUGCUGAAUCGGCGAGUUGUAGACUCGUAGGAGCCAGGGUGGGAGGCGGCCUUGCCGUGUGUGGUGUACUACAGUACUGGUGCGAUUGCCGCGGCGCUGCCUCGCGGUUUCUUCAUGAUUUAGGUUUUGUGUCUGUUGGUGAUUGAUGUUGGCUGGGAGGCCCCAGAUUGCAGUCCGUCGCAUGGGCUGUGGGGGCACGUGGUGUGGGCAGCACAAAAUCGCCCCCUGAUUCGAGGACGAGCUCCAUUUCGGUGUUGUCGAGCGGUGUGAUUGGCGAAAUUCUAUCAUGAGUGGAGUGGAUUUUUGAGGUCAAUACUGACGAUUAUUUCUUUGAGAGGAGUAUAGGGUUGCAAAUCAUUUUAUUGUUUCCUAUGAUAGAGAGGUGUCGAGCAGGGCAAAUUGGUAGAUGCUUGAUAUUAGCGUGCUUAAUUUUACAUUGGUCUUUAGUCUUUCUGAUGUUUGCUUGCUGCCCUCCUUUUGGUACUGCACCGCCGCCCUCCCUUCCUCCCUCUGCCCUGGGCGUCGCCCCUCCCCCUCCCUGCUCUCCAGGAUCCCCUGCGCCCGCGCGGCCGCGCCUUCUAACCUCCAGGAGUAGUCUCCUGCGCGGCUGCGCCAAGAAGAGGAUUUGUGAUUUUGUUAUGGACGAUAAGAGCAAAGUCAAGAAGGAAAUAAAUGGCCCCCUUGGAGCUCCUCCUCGAAAGGGAGGACUAAAAUUUGCACCCAAAGUACCUGUGAAGAAAGCCGCUAAGGUUGUCCCAAAAAAGGAACCAGUUGAGGAUAGCAAGGAUGAAACUGUUGAUAAGGAAUUGUUGAUGAAACUUAAGGCAUCACAGGUUACAGAUCCCUUUGCAAGAAGAGUUAAAACUGAGGAAAAUCCAAAAAGCCGAACACAAGUUGCAUUUGGACAAGGAAAUACUUCUUAUGCAAGAUCUUUUCUUAUCCCCAAAAGUUCUUCAGAUGAAGCAAAGUUACCAAAAGAAUAUGCAGAGCCAUGGGACUAUACCCAUACUGAUUGUCCUGUUGCUCUCCCACUGAGGAGGCCCUACUCUGGAAAUCCUGAAAUUCUUGACGAGGAAGAAUUUGGAGAAUCUUCUGCCAGCAGAGCUCAAGAUGCUGAAUCAACCGCUGCAGAAGAGCUUGAGUUAAUGGAUCGGUCAGAUGAAUCACAAUUGCUCUUGGUCCAGUUGCCAUGCUCUCUUCCUUUGCCAAUGCAGCCACAAUCAGUUACUGAGCCUAAUAAAGGCUCUGAGGAGAGACGUGAGGGCAUGAGGCCAUCAUCGCAGCGUGGCUCAAAACUCAAGGACCUUCCUGCAGGUUAUAUGGGGAAGAUACUUGUAUAUAGGAGUGGUAAAGUGAAAAUGAAGAUCGGAGACACACUCUUUGAUGUAUCUUCUGGCUCCAAUUGCAAGUUUGUCCAGGAAGUUGCUGCAAUUAACACCAAAGAAAAGCAUUGCUGCACGGUGGGGGAGAUCAGCAAGCGUGCUGUUAUCACGCCCGAUAUUGGCUGUCUGCUGGGUUCUGCUAACAAGAUGGAAGAGUAUCCAUUCAUUUCUUUUGCGUAAACCAUGGCCAUAUAUGCCACCUUGCAAGGGAGUUUUGUUUCUUCAAGAUAACAGAUUGAGAGUUUACCAUCCAGAGUUUAGAUCUAGGAGAAAAGAGUCUCAGGAGAUAACAAUUUUGAUGUUAAACAAAAUAUAUAUGAAAAAACAGUAAGGAGUUAGAUGAGGUCUCGAACAAA